CUUCCCGUCUCAGAACACCCCAUUCCGGCGUCCCCACCGUCUUCUCCUUACCACUGCCUAGCCUUCCCAACCGCCGCUGUCACCACCGCCUCCUUUAGCGCCGGGUUCAGCUAGCGAUGAUAUCUAUAACUUCGGCUGAGUUAAACUACCUCAUUUUCCGCUACCUUCACGAAUCAGGUUUUACACAUUCAGCUUUUGCUUUUGGAUAUGAAGCGGGAAUCAGCAAGAGUACGAUAGAAGGCAACUUAGUUCCUCCUGGUGCCCUUGUCACAUUUGUACAAAAGGGAAUUCAGUAUCUUGAAUUAGAAGCAAACUUGAGCAAUGACAAUGCAGAAGUGGAUGAAGAUUUCCAGUUUCUACAACCUUUGGAUCUUAUUACAAAGGAUGUACAUGAACUACAGAAGAUCAUAAAAGAGAAGAAAGAAAAUCUUCAGAGAGAUAAACCUAAUGAAAAGGAAAAAGAUGAUCUGGAAAAUGGACAGGAACAUGAACAUGAACCAUCAAAAGAAAGAGAGAAGGAAAAACAACAAAAGGAGAAAGAACAAGAGAGAGAGAAGAUAGAUAAGGAUAGAGAAAGAGAAAAGGGAAAAGAAAAAGAGAAGGUACACGAAGAUCUCACUGAUACAAAAAUGGUUGUGGAUACUACUGGUACAAAAAUGGAAAUGGUUGUGGAUACUAUUGACACAAAAAUUGUUGUGGAUUCGUCUGGUCCUAGGCAUGAAGAAGAUGGAAUUAAUGGAGAACAGGAACCAAUGGAGAUUUGCGCAAGUUCGACAUCCUUGCCUUGUGAAAUCUCGAAUUCUGAUGUGACGGUUUUGGAGGGUCAUGCUUCUGAGGUUUUUGCUUGUGCUUGGAGUCCAGAAGGUUCACUUCUUGCAUCUGGGUCUGGGGACUCUACUGCACGUAUCUGGUCUAUAGGAGAGGGACAAAGCAGCUGUAGCGUGGAAAAUGGGGCUCCAAAUGUCUUGGUGUUGAAACAUUUCAAAGGUAGAACAAAUGAGAAAAGCAAGGAUGUCACAACAUUGGAUUGGAAUGGUGAGGGGAUGCUACUCGCUACAGGUUCUUAUGACGGCCAAGCAAGAAUAUGGAAUAGAAAUGGAGAAUUGGUUAGUACUUUAAACAAACAUAAAGGGCCAAUCUUCUCUUUGAAGUGGAACAAGAAAGGUGAUUAUAUUCUUAGUGGUAGCGUGGACAAAACUGCAAUCGUCUGGGAUGUUAAGACCAGCGAGUGGAAACAACAAUUUGAAUUCCAUUCAGCACCCACACUUGAUGUUGAUUGGCGAAACAAUGUUCAGUUUGCGACAUGCUCCACUGAUACCAUGAUAUAUGUCUGUAAAGUUGGCGAGAACCGACCUAUCAGAACUUUCUCUGGGCAUCAAGCUGAAGUCAAUGCAAUCAAGUGGGACCCCUCAGGUUCACUGCUGGCUUCAUGCUCUGAUGAUGCCACAGCAAAGAUUUGGAGCAUGAAACAGGAUACAUGCUUGCAUGAUUUUAGGGACCAUGCCAGGGAGAUCUACACUGUCAGAUGGAGUCCUACAGGCCCGGGGACAAACAAUCCCAACAAACAAUUAUUGCUGGCCAGUGCCUCCUUUGAUUCAACGGUAAAGCUGUGGGAUGCAGAAGUAGGGCGGUUUCUCCACACCUUGAACGGACACAGGGACCCUGUAUAUUCUGUUGCAUUUAGCCCCAAUGGCGAGUAUCUGGCCAGUGGAUCACUGGAUAAAUGUGUGCACAUAUGGUCUGUGAAGGAAGGCAAGAUUGUGAGAAGAUACAAUGGUAAUGGUGGGAUUUUUGAAGUUUGUUGGAACAAGGAAGGCAACAAACUUGCUGCUUGUUUUGCAAACAAUGUAGUCUGUGUUAUUGAUUUUCGGAUGUAGACAUGAAGAACAUUCAAAUGCCGUCCAUCUUUGAGGUCAUUUUGCCAUCUUUUGCUAACUCAAUCCAGAUAGGAGUAAGGUGCCAAACUUGAUGGUGGUUUCGUAAAAAUGUAGUCUGCAUCAUUUAGCUUUUAUAUGUAGAAACAAAGAAGCACAUAUUUAUAUAAACCUUAAUUCUCCUAGUAGUAUUUGAUUUGACUCCAGCGGUUUUCAAUUUUA